GUUGUCAUUUUAAAAAUAAAACCAAGAUGGCGUCCAGUAGAAUUACUUGGCUCUCCAUUCUUGGUCUGGUGUUGACGUCGUUGUGCGCGAUCUGCGUCGUCAUCAGCAUGGCGUCGACAAACUGGAUCGAGGCGUUACAACAGCGUGACACCGGCUUCGGCAAGAUGGGGCUGUGGGAGGCGUGUUUCUACAACUACGUCGACAACAAAUCGGGAGGGCUGGGCAAGAGAUACAAUGGAUGUCACGCUCUGUAUUCUUUCGAAUAUCGAGCCAUUUGGAGGUGGCUUACACCAGACUGGCUGAUCAGCAUCCAGGUGAUGAUGUGCCUCAAUCUGAUUCUCGGGGUGAGCACCACCCUCAUCAUCGUCAUGUACUUCAUCAAGUGUUGUUCGGCCAACUUAGACUGGAUACUCGUGCUUUCCUCCAGUGUGGCCAACUUCGUCACAGGUUUUUUCCUCGCCGUCUGCACGAUAAUGUUCGGAGUGAAGGUGGACAAUGAGCGGGACUGGCUCCCCCACCCAGACUCUAACUACCUGUCGUGGUCGUUUGGUAUCGCCGUGUUCGGCGGCUUCCUCGCGCUGUUUGCCGGGAUGUGUCUGUUGGUCGAAGGCUUGAGACUCAGGCUGAUCACUCAACAGCAGUCUAGAAGGUCGAACUAUGCCAUGUCACCCGUGCCCAGAUACUAGACACUUGUCUUUUAGUGCUAGUGUCAGGCUAUCAACGGCCA